UAAAACCAUCUCCAACUCCAUCAUCUAAGAGUUAAAUUAUAAGAAGGGAAACCCCUUAAGUGCUAACCAAUAAAAGAAAACUUGUAGCAAUUCUAACGACUGUGUGAUGUCACGAGUCAAGCGCCACAGCAGCAUCUCUCUGUCUGACACCAUGACAACCGCAGCGCGCGAACGCUGGAAUCUCUGCUGCUGCCGCGAAGCCCAAUAUGAAGACAAGAUGCCGCCAUACGAGCGCGAGACGCACUUGCGUUUUUGAGAUUUUCUUCGCUCCGCACUUUGGGAAGAAGACGUCGGAGAUUUGCCAAACCACCUGUAUCUAGCGUCCGUUGCCAACGUGAGUCGAACAGCCUUUCCACUGGCCAAACCUCAGUAUUUCUCUGCGUCGCUGGGUUGAAGACGCUGGAAAAAAAGCCGCGCGUAUAGGAGCAAUGAAAUGCGCAUUGGAGUCAGGGAUGCUCCUCAUGGCGUUUACGCGCGGAGAGCCCACUGGGGCGUGUGUGCAGUGCGUGUUAAUGCAUGUGUGAGAGAGGGAGAGUGAGAAAGGAAAACAGAGGAAAGGAAAAGAGGCUUAUGUUCAUUCGCCGCACGCGUUCCUUUGGCACAACAUGGGGAAUAUGGGGAUCUCGUGAGGACGCCAGUGAUAAAUAGUAUUCCAGACUCUCCUGCCACAUAAGAAGACCACGGAACAGCCUCCUCAGAGACCCCUUGGUCGAUACAAGGGGGAUUGAAUAUCCAUUAAGUAAGGCGCAUCAGCAUCCAUCAUGAAUCCCAUGUCACAUCUAUACUACAAAAAGAGCAGCUACUCUCCGUACCGGGACCGAAUCCCUCUGCAGAUCGUCCGGGCGGAGGUAGAGCUCUCUCCAGAGGAGCGUGCGUUCCUUUCGGCUGUGGAAAAGGGCGACUAUGCAGGAGUCCAGCAUGCACUGCGUGAGGCUGAGGUCUAUUACAACAUCGACACGAACUGUGUGGAUCCACUUGGCCGCAGUGCUCUAUUAAUUGCCAUUGAGAACGAAAACCUAGAGGUGAUGGAGCUGCUUCUGGAUCAUGGAGUAAACACUGGAGACGCUCUGCUCUACGCCAUCCGCAAAGAAGUGGUGGGGGCCGUGGAGCUACUGCUGUCCCACAGGAAACCCAGUGGAGAGAAACAGGUCCCUUCCUUAAUGAUGGACGCCCAGUUCUCGGAGUUCACGCCUGACAUCACCCCUAUCAUGCUGGCAGCUCACACAAACAACUACGAGAUCAUCAAACUCCUGGUUCAGCGCAAAGUCACCAUCCCUCGGCCGCACCAGAUCCGCUGCGACUGCGUGGAGUGUGUGUCCAGCUCUGAAGUGGACAGUCUGCGUCACUCCCGGUCCCGUCUCAACAUCUACAAAGCGCUUGCCAGCCCGUCCCUCAUCGCCCUCUCCAGCGAGGAUCCCAUCCUGACCGCCUUCAGACUGGGCUGGGAACUCAAGGAGCUCAGCAAAGUGGAGAACGAGUUUCGGCAGGAGUACGAAGAGCUUUCUCAGCAGUGCAAGCUCUUCGCUAAAGACCUGCUGGACCAGGCACGAAGCUCGCGUGAGCUGGAGACCAUUCUCAACCACCGUGACGAUCAGAGUGAGGAGCUGGACCCACGCGAGUGCAGAGACCUGGCCAAACUCAAGCUGGCCAUCAAAUACCACCAGAAAGAGUUUGUGGCACAGCCAAACUGCCAGCAGCUUUUGGCCACACUGUGGUAUGACGGUUUUCCUGGCUGGCGGCGCCGUCAUUGGGCAGUCAAGCUGGUCAUGUGCUUCAUUAUCGGCCUGCUCUUCCCUGUCUUCUCGCUGGUUUACCUGCUGGCUCCCAAGAGCACGCUGGGGCUCUUCAUCAAAAAACCCUUCAUCAAGUUUAUCUGCCACACGGCCUCCUACCUCACCUUCCUCUUCCUCCUCCUCCUGGCCUCACAGCACAUUGCACGCACCAACCUACACAUGCAGGGCCCUCCGCCCACCGUGGUGGAGUGGAUGAUUCUACCUUGGGUGCUGGGCUUUAUAUGGGCUGAGAUUAAGGAGAUGUGGGAUGGAGGUUUUAACGAGUACGUCCAUGACUGGUGGAACCUGAUGGACUUUGCUAUGAAUUCUCUCUAUUUGGCCACCAUUUCUCUAAAGAUCGUGGCUUAUGUCAAGUAUAACAGUUCUCGUCCGCGAGAGGAAUGGGAGAUGUGGCAUCCGACGUUGAUCGCCGAAGCUUUGUUUGCCAUCGCCAACAUUUUCAGCUCUCUUCGGCUCAUCUCUCUGUUCACGGCGAACUCUCACCUGGGCCCGCUGCAGAUCUCUCUGGGCCGCAUGCUGCUGGACAUCCUCAAGUUCCUCUUCAUCUACUGUUUAGUGCUGCUGGCCUUUGCCAACGGACUCAACCAGCUUUACUUUUACUAUGAGACAGAGGCGGCAGAUGAGCCCAACCACUGCAAGGGGAUCCGCUGCGAGAGGCAGAAUAAUGCAUUCUCUACAUUAUUUGAAACACUUCAGUCUCUGUUCUGGUCUGUUUUUGGCCUCUUGAAUUUGUAUGUCACCAAUGUAAAGGCUCGGCAUGAGUUCACAGAGUUUGUUGGAGCCACCAUGUUCGGCACCUACAAUGUCAUUUCGCUGGUGGUUCUGCUCAACAUGCUGAUCGCAAUGAUGAACAACUCCUACCAGCUCAUUGCUGACCAUGCUGACAUCGAGUGGAAGUUUGCUCGGACCAAGCUGUGGAUGAGUUAUUUCGAUGAGGGAGGGACGCUCCCCCCACCGUUCAACAUCAUCCCCAGUCCCAAGUCAUUCUGGUACCUGUGCCGAUGGGUUCACGGGCGGCUCUGCGGGUCGGAGACUGCUCCACCUGAAGAAGACACGCAUAAACAUGAAAACCUGAAAGAGUUCACGGAAAAGCAUGCGGACAGGCUUAUACAGAAUCAGCAUUAUCAGGAGGUCAUCCGGAGUCUAGUGAAGAGGUACGUGGCUUCGAUGAUCCGCAGCGCUAAGACGAGCGAAGGGCUGACGGAGGAAAAUUUUAAGGAGCUAAAACAGGACAUUUCCAGCUUCCGCUACGAGGUUUUAGACCUUCUCGGCAACCGAAAGCCUCCCCGGCGGAACUAUUCAUCCAGCAGCGAGGCCACACUUCGAGACGAGGUCAGCGACGACGGCGAAGCCCGUCAUCACAGUGACGGGAGCAGCAUCGGAGCCAAGGGCGUCUCUUUCAAAACCAUCACACCUUCGGAUCCAUCGUACGGGGUCUCUGCCCUCUUCCACUCCAUCUCCGGAAUGGAGGCCGCUGGGACGACAAGAGAGGGUAAACCAAAGAUCAAUGGACUGAGGAAGAACCCCUCGCCCUCCUCUUCCCUCUCAUCAGUGGCUCCAGCGAGAGCUCCAGCACUUUCACGGACUUGGAGGCGAUUUUCCCGCUUCUCGAGCUCCAAGAAGAACUCUUUCAGACGGCUCGGACUGCUGUUUUCUCGCAUGGGCAGCCACCUUCCACAGCCCACAGGCGUUACCGCUGCAACCUACACUAUCUCAGAUGGUUUGCUUCACCCGCCCGGGGCUUGGCAUGACUUGGGCUUUACCAGGGGCGACGGCCCUGUCACCAGAAGUGAGACCAACCUUAAUCAGGUGGCAACUUUAAAUGAGGGUGGCAUUGGCAUUGGUGGAAGUGGUGUUGGAAUGUCGACCAAUGGACAGAGAGCUAACGGGAGGGAUGUUUUACUAACAUUAGGACCUCUGUCGCCACCUUCUUCCCUGCACUGUGCUUCCAGUUUCUCCGCCUCCAGCUCCCGCCUCCUGGACUCAAACGAGGACGUGUUUCAGGGAUUGGUCGGGCCCUGCGUUGGACAAAUGCCACACUCCUCCUCCUGCUGGGUUACGGAACAGGACGAUUCGGUAACCACGCAGCUAUAGUAUUGCUAGUCUGUACUGUACAGCACUUUGAUAAUAACAAUAAUCAUCAAUGAUAUCAAUAACUAUUACCUUAACGACAACCGAUCCUUCUGUUUGUUUUGUUUCUUUCGUUUGCUGCUGCAAUAUUUGUCAUUUCUCUCUGAGAUUUAACCAAAUCUAAAGUCAUUUUUGAGACAGAUGGGAUGAGUAAAUGAAACGAGAGACGGCGAUAGAUUCAGAACGGACAGAAAAGUGCCACGAUCAGCAUAGCAGGAGGACGCAGGCCAGGCUGCAUCUUUGUCUUCGUUACAUAACAUCUUUUAAGCCAGUAGAUUGUUUGUUUCGUUCCAAAACAGGGACAUCAUUUGAUUUGCAUCUUCUUUUUGGUUUAGUUCAAAGAGUACAACUCUCUCCUUAUUAGUGCACCUGCCAUCGGUCAAAAUAGAUUGAAAGUUCACCUCAUUGUGGCUUUAUCUGUAGCUGUUUUAAUCAGGCCACAGAUUAAAAUGGCUCUCUCACUGACCACUACUACUCCUGACUGCCCACAUUUUGUUGGAAUACCACAAAUAGGCUAAUGUAGGGCUUUUCUAGGUCAGCAAUUGCAGGAUGGUGUUAUUAUAAAAACCUGGCAAACAGGUAAGUAAAAGCCAUCAUUUCUGCUCUAACUGAUUAAUUAUAUAUUUUAUUAGGGGCACCUAUGAUGAAAUCAUCUUUUGUAGGCUGUUUGGACAGAACUAUGUAGGUAUAGUCUGUUCACAGUUACAGGGGGGAUAUUAAGACAAUAACGUGAUGUAGAAGUGUGGUUUACCCACCCACCGAAUUGAUUGACAGCCUCAUAU